UGUGACACACACACCACAUUCUCUCUGAAAAAAUUGUGCGCACACACUCUCACACUCCCAUUCUCUCCCUCUCUCCGACACGCACACAUAUUACAAUUAUCCAACAGCCAUUUGAGGAGUGCUGAGGAUGUCAGAGAUUUUUUUGUUGCUGCUCAUAGGAAAUGUAGCCCUCAUCAGAGAAUGGAACCAGGCUGCCACUCAGACAUACAACUCUGUGUGUGCGCAUGCGGUUUUGGUCGCGUUGGUCGAUCUGCUUCUCCUGAGUGUCGCCAUGUUUCCAUGACAACCAUAAACACACCAUCUGUGAUUCAAUUCUCGGUGUGGUUUUCCUAGAGGAAACAUAUCACUGGACAUCACACUCCAGCACACACACCCACUUUCACUGCAGCACAGCUUCUGCCAGACAGACAGGGUGUGGUCUCUUUCUGUCUUAAGGUGGAACUGAGGUUUCUCUUAAGGUGGAACUGCUGAUAUCACUGUUGUCAUUCAAGGAUACAUUUAGCAUUAAGUCAUCACAGAAAACACUGACUCAAUAAAACAUGCUCGGUUGAAACUGGAAUGGUGGACUAACUCAAUGUACGUUACAGAAAAGUUUUUGUAGGUUACAUACCUUUUUAUGAAGACUCUGAAAACCUUGCAAUAUUAUGUGUGUGUUAGCACCUUACACUCUUGGAAAUUGGCCUAAUAUGGAAGAACUUUAAAAAGCAUAUGCAUGACCAUGGCAGUAAUUAAAAGAACGCUUUUACAAGGGUUUGAGUGWGAGGUCUAGCUGGUGUCUCCAAGUGGCCACACACCCCUCCAAACUGUGCACAGUUCCUAAGUCAUUUCAAUGCACUUUUGACUCAAGGAAAGAGGUGCUUUCUUUUAGCUCUCCUAGCUUUGCCGUUGAGGAACUGAAGCAAGCACACUUGCAGUUUUUUUGUUUGGAAUACAGCCCUGCGUCCGCACCCCAACACAAUUACUGUUGUUUACGCAAUCCCCAAAAGUUCCUUUUAUAAAUCCCAAUCUGGGUCAGGUGUGCGUAACUUGAAUCCAACAUGGGUUGUUAAAAAAAUCGGAUUUUAGUGUUCGGCUUUCAGAAGGCACUUCAGACAAACGGAUUGUAAUUUUGGUGCGCAUAGAAUGCAAUCAUGAGUGCUUUCAAGUGCUUGUUCCACAGCAGAUGUUCUUCACAAUAUGACAAACGGGCUCAUUCUGUUCAGGACAACCCAGGAUGUCACGCAUGUUAUCCUUGUAACUGUGGAUCAAACAUGGCAGUCAUAAAUAUUUGAUAAUGAAAAUGUGUAGUGCACAUUUGGACUCAAGGGUGUGUGGUUUGCUUCUGUGACAUCAAAGCAGUGUUACAAUACUCAAUUUUUCCUUCACUCAGACAACAAAUGUGCAAAAGUAGCCCAAUUAGCGAGAGGGAUGGAGGCAUUUUGUCACGUGUGUUGCUCAACUUUAUAAUGGCUGUCAGUCAAAACGUAUACUGUGCCGUGAAGCGGAGAACCUGAGCCCUGACGUUAUGUAUAGCAUGUGUCUGUACAGCCACUGCAUUCCAAUUUAGGCGCGUAUAAAGGACAAUCUGCCAUUUAACACGUUUACGGGAUGAUGGGCUGUGAGUGGAAAGGACUACCAGAUCUGUUUUCUCUUCCUCUCUCUCUCUCUGUGUGUGUUAGAAACCGAGCAAUAGCAGACUACCUACGCUCCAAUGGCUAUGAGGAAGCCUACUCCACCUUCAAGAAAGAGGCUGAAUUAGAUAUGAAUGAGGAGUUAGAUAAGAAGUARGCUGGUCUUUUGGAAAAGAAAUGGACCUCUGUCAUCAGAUUACAGAAGAAGGUGAUGGAGCUGGAGUCGAAGCUAAAUGAGGCCAAAGAGGAGAUCACUCUAGGGGGUCCGGUGGCACAGAAGAGGGACCCUAAGGAGUGGAUCCCCCGUCCUCCAGAGAGAUACGCCCUGAGCGGCCACCGCUCCCCCGUCACACGGGUCAUCUUCCAUCCUGUCUUCUCCGUCAUGGUCACCUCCUCCGAGGACGCCACCAUCAAGGUGUGGGACUAUGAGGCAGGGGACUUUGAGCGGACACUGAAGGGCCAUACAGACUCUGUCCAGGACAUCUCCUUUGACCAGACGGGCAAGCUGCUGGCUUCCUGUUCUGCAGACAUGACCAUCAAGCUGUGGGACUUCCAGGGCUUCGAGUGCAUCCGCACCAUGCACGGUCAUGACCAUAACGUGUCGUCUGUAGCCAUCAUGCCCAACGGAGACCACAUAGUCUCCGGCUCCAGAGACAAGACCAUCAAAAUGUGGGAGGUGGCCACUGGGUACUGUGUGAAGACAUUUACAGGCCACAGGGAGUGGGUGAGGAUGGUCCGGCCUAACCAGGAUGGUUCUCUUAUCGCCAGCUGUUCCAACGACCAGACGGUGCGUGUGUGGGUGGCCACCUCAAAGGAGUGUAAGGCUGAGCUGCGGGAGCACGAACACGUGGUGGAGUGUAUCGCCUGGGCCCCCGAUACCGCUCACCCUACCAUCCUGGAGGCUACCAACUCAGAGAGUAAGAAGAAUGGGAAGUCUGGUCCGUUCCUUCUCUCUGGCUCUAGAGAUAAGACCAUCAAGAUGUGGGACAUUAGCACUGGCAUGUGCCUUAUGACUCUGGUGGGUCAUGAUAACUGGGUGCGUGGUGUGUUGGUGCACCCUGGAGGCAAGUUCAUAGUGAGCUGUGCUGAUGAUAAGACUCUGAGGAUCUGGGACUACAAGAACAAGCGCUGCAUGAAGACCCUGUGUGCCCAUGAACACUUUGUUACCUCUCUGGAUAUGCACCGGACUGCGCCAUACGUGGUAACAGGCAGCGUUGAUCAGACAGUCAAAGUGUGGGAGUGUCGCUGAGUCUGCCUGCAACCUCCCUAUCCUCAUCGUCCUCUCUACCCCACAACCACAGCCCUAUAACCCCCCCCCCCAACCACCUCUUUUCCCACAAACUCACCGCAACCUCCUCCUUUAUCCCCCCCAAACAGCAGCCCUAUAACCCCCUCUUCCCCCCCUAUCCUACCCUGUCUCUUUGACACUCACCUAAGCCCCACCUUUCGCACACCAUACCAUGGUUACCCAGGCUCUCCGGCCCUGCCCUGUUCAAAUAAAUAUUGUCCUUUUAUGUAAAUUAUUCUGGAUAUAGAGUACGCUUAAUAAAUGUUACACACUCUUUAACACACACAUUCUCUCUCACACACACACUAAAAGAGAAAAGUAUUCCUUGCAUGGUGAAUUCACCCAAAACUUGUAUACUGUAAAUUUGCAUACCAUUGUCAUGACGUCCUGAUGGGGGGGGUAAAUGGUUUGUGUUCUGCCCCAGUGGAUGCUGGGUAAUUGUGACACAGUGCACGCAACCCAAUCACGUAUGUCCUUAAAACCCUUAAUUUAGUAUCUUGCCUCCGCUGUUAUAGUCUGACGCUACCUGGGAGAGAGGGAAGGAGAGGAGUGUGAAAGAAGGAAGAGAGGAUGAAGUGGGGAGGAGAAGGAGUAGGAUAAAAGAUGUGGGGGGGAAGAGCGGGGGAAAAAAUUGAAAUGGACAUUUAGUCCUUUAGUUGAGGUGACAGAAAGUGUAUGCGCGUGUGUUCGUCUGCGUGCGUGCAAUGCGUACUGUACAUGUGUGUACAUAAUGAUAGGAUAACCUCUUAUCUCUCUCUGUGGUCGUCUGUUUAUACAGAGGUAGAGAAUUGUGUGGAGGCAAGGCUUAUUUCCGUCUGUUUUUACUCCCUCUCUUUCUGACUGACUGGCUUCUAGUAGCUACUCAUAGGAGUAUGCUCACUAAGUUCUGUGCGCUCGCUCGCUCUUUCUCUCUUUCAUAUACACAUACACUCAUACUCAAACAGAUGCACAUACACACAUGCACAGUAAAAUUGUGUAUCAAUAUAUCUGGAUGUCAUUGUUUGCACCAUAAUUAAAAAAUAAAAAUCUGUAAAUAUAA